AUGCCAGUCAUCGAUUCUCACAUCCAUUUAUUCCCAGCUUCUGAAACCAAUUCUCUUGCUUGGUAUACAAAUGAUCACCCUCUCGCUGGUCAGCACUCAGUCGACCAAUACCGCGAGGCAACGGCGUCUAAGCCCUCUUUGACGGGAUUCAUCUUCGUUGAAACAGACCGAAAGAAUGACCUAAAGUCCGGUGAGCUCGACGGCUCAGGGUGGAGGGAGCCUCUGAAUGAACUAGCCUGGAUGAAACGUAUCGCCCUAGGACAGCCGCGCCCUGGCGAAGGACAUAGUAUCGAAGAUAAAGACUUAUGUCUGGGAAUCGUGCUUUGGGCACCACUUCCUAGCACCGCAGAUGCUAUGAAAUUGUACCUUCUCAAGGUAGAAGAAGCAGCCGGAGUGGCUUGGCCAAAGGUGAAGGGGUUUCGAUAUCUAUUGCAAGAUAAGCCAGACGGUACUAUGCUCCAAGAUACCUUCAUCGAGAAUACGAAGCUCCUUGGCCGUCGCGGCUUUACUUUCGAUGUUUGUAUUGACCUGCACCGACGAGGUCAGCAGCAGAUAAAAGACCUUGUUGAGUUUGCAAGAUUGGUGCGAGAUAAAGUACCCGAGAAUGAGAAGUUGGUCUUGGUACUAGACCACCUCUGCAAGCCUGAUAUGAGCGAUGCGAAUUCUGCCUCGGAUGUCGCUUUCAUGACCUGGUGUGCUGCAAUGCACGAGCUGGGCCAAGACGAGCAUACUUAUGUCAAGUUCUCCGGCGGCUUUGCAGAGAUGGACGAGCCGGUUGAUGGUCUCUCCACAAAUGACAUCUGCAAGGCGCUGGAGAAAUGGUUCAACGUGUUACUCGAAUCAUUUGGACCAAGGCGCAUUAUGUUUGGUAGUGAUUGGCCUGUCUGUACUAUCAACGUGUCGAAUGCUUGGUCACGCUGGCGUGAUGUAACUGCCCAGUUAUGUCAGGAGGCAUGCUUAACCCCAGAAGAGCAGGUCAAGGUCUUGCUCACUUAG